UGUUCUGAGGAUUGUAAGCACAAUGAUGAGUCACCUCAAGAAGAUGAAGGGUUUAUGGGUAUGUCACCUCUUCUACAAGCCCACCAUGCUAUGGAGAGAAUGGAAGAAUUUGUGUGUAAGGUAUGGGAGGGCCGAUGGAGAGUCAUUCCCCAUGAUGUUCUGCCUGACUGGCUGAAGGACAAUGACUACCUGUUGCAUGGACACAGACCACCCAUGCCUUCCUUCCGGGCUUGUUUCAAGAGUAUCUUCAGAAUACAUACAGAGACUGGUAACAUCUGGACACAUCUUCUAGGAUGCGUGUUCUUCCUUUGUCUGGGAAUCUUCUACAUGUUCCGGCCAAACAUGUCCUUUGUAGCACCUGUGCAGGAGAAAGUGGUUGUUGGAUUGUUCUUCUUGGGAGCUAUUCUCUGCCUCUCUUUCUCAUGGCUCUUCCACACAGUUUAUUGCCAUUCAGAAGGUGUUUCCCGGCUCUUCUCCAAGCUGGAUUAUUCUGGCAUUGCACUUCUCAUAAUGGGCAGCUUUGUACCGUGGCUGUACUACUCCUUCUAUUGCAACCCUCAGCCUUGCUUCAUCUACUUGAUUGUGAUUUGUGUCUUGGGCAUCGCAGCCAUAAUCGUCUCACAAUGGGACAUGUUUGCAACCCCUGAAUAUCGGGGUGUAAGGGCAGGAGUAUUUCUAGGUCUGGGUCUUAGUGGAGUUAUUCCCACCCUACACUUUGUCAUCUCUGAGGGGCUCCUGAAAGCAGCCACAAUGGGGCAGAUAGGCUGGCUGGCACUCAUGGCAUGCCUGUACAUCACUGGUGCUGCGCUAUAUGCCGCCCGCAUCCCGGAGAGAUUCUUCCCUGGCAAGUGUGACAUCUGGUUCCACUCCCAUCAGCUGUUUCACGUCUUUGUAGUGGCCGGUGCUUUCGUGCACUUCCAUGGAGUUUCAAACCUCCAAGAGUUCCGUUUCACGGUGGGAGGAGGCUGCACAGAUGAAGAUGGGAUGCAGUAAAACCAGCCUUCAGCCCAAGAUCAUCACCAAAACAGUUCUGCUGGCGUGGCUGAAGCAUACAGGCUAGCGAAAUUAAUACCUAAGAAGAAUCCAGGUUUCAGCUGAUGGAGCUUCACAGGGAUUCUGACUAACCAAGAUAAAAAUUCUAUACCUCAAGCAAUGGAAUGAAUCAAUUUGAAGACCAGGAAAUUCUGAAACCCUAAUUUAUUCUUGGGAUCUACAGAUUGAGCUACAGAGGACCCUUUCCAAAUCGGCUUCUGUUCAAUGCCAUAUUUAUUUGUAGAACUGGGGAGGGAUAGCUUAGCAGUUUCCUUUUUUUUUUUUUAAAAAAAAAAAAAAGAAAAAAAAGAAAAAAUAAAAAAUCAAGGUUAAAUUUAUAUCCUCUUGGAGGGUUUGGGAGUUGAUUUUAGAUGCUCUUUUGGGAGAAAAACAAAUUGUAAAUAAGAUUUCUAACUUUCUGUUUAAAUAAAAUUUAUAUAAAUGUUUUAAACAAUGGGUGGGGUGGGAGGGGAAAGGGUUUUUUGUAAAGAAUGCAACAUGCAAGUACCACACACUGUUUCAAUUUUGCACAAAUUAAACGAUUGCAGGAGGACCA